AUGAGUUCAGAGUCCUCCCUUUCAAAGGCCGCUCCCAGGCCCUAUAGCUCAUAUAGCAGCUUUCAAAAAGGAUACAUCGUUUUUACAGCAGCGGGCGCUGGUUUCUUCUCCUCGUUGUCAGCGCAAAUCUACUUUCCAGCCCUGAAUACUCUUGCCGAGGAUCUGAAUGUGUCCGCGUCGCUCAUUAACCUGACGGUGACAAGUUAUAUGAUCUUCCAAGGUAUUGCGCCCAUGUUCAUUGGCAGCUUCGCAGACCAGGCCGGCCGACGACCUGCAUACAUUAUCUGCUUCAUCAUUUACAUUGCCUCCAACAUCGGCCUGGCAUUGCAGGACAACUAUGCCGCCUUGAUCGUACUACGAUGUUUGCAGAGCUCCGGGAUCAGCAGCACCGUGGCGCUGUCCGCCGCAACUGUGGCCGACAUCAGCACGAAAGAAGAGCGAGGAUCAUCCAUGGGCUUCGUCAUGGCGGGGAAUUUCAUGGGGCCAGCCAUUGGGCCUAUCAUCGGUGGCUUACUAGCACAGUAUCUCGGCUGGAGGUCGAUCUUUUGGUUCCUAACCAUUGCAUCGGGGGUCUUUCUGCUACCCCUUCUCUUAUUCCUCCCAGAGACAGCACGCAAUGUCGUCGGGGACGGCUCGUCUCCCGCACAGCCUUGGAACAGGCCCUUUAUUCCAUGCAUGCUGCCGCCAACCAGAACGGCUGAGAAGGGACCCUCCUCACCCCCUGACGAUCUCGACAGCUGCGCUAGUGAUGAUGCGUCGAAGAAGAUGCAGCACAAGCUACGAUUCCCCAAUCCACUCCAUCCGCUUACCGUCGUGUUCCAUCCCAACUCGAUCAUUGUUCUCCUAGUCACCGGCGUUAUCAUGGGUGGCAAUAUGACCGUCCUCUCCUCCAUCACCGAGAUCUACAGCGAGCAGUACGGCCUAGACAUGCUACAGAUAGGGCUGUGCUAUAUCACGCUGGGGACGGGGUCAAUCGUCGCCUCCGUCGUCACAGGACGACUGCUAGACUGGAAUUAUAAGCGCAUGGCCUCCCACAGCGCGAAAGAUGACACCCCCGAGGAACAGCAGAAGGCCAAAGAUGCCGUGUCGGUCGAGAAAGCCCGCAGCAUGAUCACCAUCCCACUUGUCGUUCUUGGUAGUUUGACCGUGCUGGCCUUCGGCUGGGUGCUCAAUUACGGGGCACCCCUCCCAGCGCCGGAGGUGCUUCUGUUCUUCGUUGGGGUGGGCCAGACAGGCGGCUUUAUUUCGACCUCGACCCUUCUGGUGGACCUGCAUACGUCUCAGCCUGCGGCUGCUACUGCCGCCAACAACAUGGUGCGCUCGUUCUUCUCGGCUGGAGCAUCCGCUGCUAUCGAUCCCAUGCUGAAGGCGAUGGGACGGGGAUGGGCAUUCACACUUGUCACAUUCAUCUUACUGGGCACCAUUCCGUUCCUCUUGCUGCUCUGUGGCAUAGGGCGACAGAAGAAAGACGCGGUACAAGAUAGGACUUGA